AUGACUGAACGCUCCACUCCACCGUCCCCCAUCCGUGAGCUGCGAGAUGCAUUUGGCGAUCCCAAGCCUCCAGACAUCAGCCGAAAGAUUACGGCUUKCGUCGCAUGUCGCAAACAAAAAAUCAAAUGUCAUAUGCCGGGAUCUGCGCCGCCGUGUACUCGGUGCAGGAAGCGGGGGCUUUCGUGUACAGUGAAUCGCAGUCUACAGAUGCUACUGGAAAGUGAUACCAUGUGGAAACACGAGAUGGAGAAGAAGAUACAGGCGCUUCAAGAUGAACUUAGCAGGAUCACUCGACAUGGCCUUGUACAUUCUCAGCAUGAAACUCCUACCACAAUAGCAAGUGGUGUUGGUAGUGAAGAUCCCGCCCCGUCAGCAGAUACGAAUCUUCAACAUGAAAGUCAAUGGAACAUUCACCUAAAUCCAAAGUCGGGUCCGGGUGCGGUCCCAGGGUCUUACAUCGCGCAGGCAUCCACACCUACAUCACCAGCCACAACCCAUCAAGACCUCAUAUCAAAAGGAAUUAUUAGUAUCGAAACUGGAAUGAACUACUUUGAAAAGUACCAUCAAUGGCUUGAUCACUUCGUUUAUCGAAUUCUCGGAGACCACGACAAGGUGACUUUUGAUGGUACACGCGAGUCAUCACCACUCCUGAUUGCUGCAGUGUGUACAAUCGGCGCCCUACAUUCUCCUUCUAGGAUAGAUGACUUUAGCGCAUGCCGAAGCGAGUUCAUUGCAUUGAGCGAGAAGCUCAGUCUUGCGCAAACCGGCGGUAUCGCGGAUGUUCAAGCACUUUGCAUUGGAGCAUUCUGGCUUCCGGAUCUGUCCUGGUCACUGGCUGGGGCAGCUGUACGUCUAGCCACUGAACUGCAGCUUCAUAAGAGCUUCUUCAAAGUUUUAGAUGGUGAUCAGCAGCAUUAUUUACGCACUCGCCUCUAUUAUCAUGUAUACGCCUGUGAUCAUCAUGCCUCCAUACCAUUCGGAAGACCUCCGAUGACUCGUGAGUGUGAAGCUAUCCGGGAAGCAAGGAAAUUUCUCAACUGCAAAUAUGCUACGGAAGACGACUCGCGUCUCGUCAGCCAAGUCAGUCGCUGGAGCGUUCUUUCAAAUAUAUACGACACGUUCGGUGUCGACGUCGACCGGCCACUUUCAGAUACUGAAGUACCCUGCCUAAGAAAAUUCAAUCUUGCACUUGACAAUCUGCGAGCAGAGUGGAUUGACAAGUUUAUUCCGAAUGACCAUGUCGGAAACUAUCCUCGCAAAGGGGUCAAUUUGCAGUAUUAUUUUGCUAAACUAUAUCUUUGCUCUCACGCCUUCCGAGGAGCGGGCUCACAAGAAUUUCAGUCGAGAUCGCACGAGGUGGCUAUGGAAGUGGACCACGUAGCCAAUACUGCAGUGCUAUCAGCCCUAUCUAUACUAUGUUCUGUACUUGCCGAUGUCGAGACUCAAUCAUUUCUGGAUGGCCUACCAACCUACUUCCACAUUAUGAUUACCUUCGCUGCUGUGUUUCUCAUCAAGGUAUCGUCCAGGCCUUCAUCCUAUGUACGGCUUGAUGUACAAGAAGUGAAGCGUCUUGUAGAGGAUACUGGCAGGACAUUGAAACGCGUAACAUCGAACAUGCAUCCACGACAUCUACUCGUCAGCAUCGCCAAGGGUAUUGAAAAUCUGUUACAGCAGUUCAGUCAGACCGAUGAGCAAGUCUCUUCUACUACUAACACUGCUGCUCCAGAGACAACCACACAAAUGCCUGAAAUGGAUGUUUGGAAUAGUAACUUUGCGUUUGAUCCAUACUUCCUCGGCGAGUACGAUUUCUACUCUGAUCCGUCUAUGGAUGUUGGUCUUGACUUCUCUUUCGAAAACGUGGCUCUUCCAGAGUAA